AUGCACGUGACGACGACAGUGAUCCGGUACACGCGCGUGGCUGCUGAGCACGUCCGCUCGAGCAGCAGCGCUCCCUCCGUACAGGUGACACGCUCCGCCGGUGGCUCUCGUCUCUCAGCGCUGCGUGAACGACUCACGGAGGAGGCGCGUCUUGGCCCGACGUUCGCAGAGCAGGCGCUGUCGCUCGCGGACUUUGCGUUCGAAGCCGACGCUGCGUCAGACUCGAAGCCUUCUCGAAAGCCGAAUGCGUCAAACCGCAAGCCCAAGUGGCUCAAGGCGCAGCCCACGCAAGGCGCCAACUACGAGCGGCUGCGCAAGACGGUCAAGAGUCUGGGACUGAGUACCGUGUGCGAGGAGGCCAAGUGUCCAAACAUUGGCGAGUGUUGGAGCGGCGGCAAGGACGGCAUUGCAACAGCAACGAUUAUGCUCAUGGGUGAUACGUGUACGCGCGGAUGCAGCUUUUGUGCUGUCAAGACGAGCAAGAAACCGGCUCCGUUGGACGCCGAAGAGCCGAAGAAGGUGGCAGAAGCGAUUGCCGCCUGGGGACUGGACUACAUUGUCUUUACGAGCGUCGACCGCGACGACUAUGAUGAUUUUGGCGCGGGCCACUUUGCCACGACUGUCCGCACGCUGCGUGCGAAGCUGCCGAAGAUCUUGAUUGAGUGUCUGACGCCAGACUUCCAGGGCCACGACAAGCUGAUUGACCAAGUGGCGACGUCAGGACUCGACGUUUUUGCGCACAAUUUGGAGACAGUGGAACGACUUCAGCGUCGGGUGCGUGAUUAUCGUGCCAACUACAAGCAGUCGCUUCACGUGCUCGAGCGCGUCAAGGUGGUUGCACCGCACCUCGUAACGAAGACGUCGCUAAUGCUAGGGGUGGGCGAACGCAACGAGGAUGUGUUCCAAACACUUCGCGAUCUGCGCAACAGUGGAGUGGACGUUGUGACGUUUGGCCAGUACUUGCGUCCAAGCACCAAGCACAUGCCGGUUAAGUCGUACGUGACGCCUGAAGCUUUUGCCGAGUGGCAAAAGGUGGCCGAGCAAAUGGGCUUUUUGUACGUGGCCAGUGGACCAAUGGUGCGCUCUAGUUACAAGGCCGGCGAGUUCUUUAUGAAGAAUUUGCUCCAGAACCGCAAGGCGGAGGUUGUUGCCUAG